AGCUUGCGAUCCACCUUGCUCGGCUCGCCACGGAGCGAGUCGGAUUUUCCGACCUCGAAAACAGUUCGCAGGGUUUUGCCUUUGCCAGCCUCAUUUGAGGGUUUAAGCCUUCAAGCUAAAGCAGAAACGAAGUAUAGCAAAGCCAUCGUCAAUGGCUUCAUCCAUGGGUUCUUUAUCAAGAAGAUUCUCUCUUUCUCUUAUCUCCGCCAAAAGAUCCCCCAAGAGCUCCAUGAAAUUCUGUACAAAUAUCACCUCCAACGAAGAUCUUGACGAUGACGAUUCCAGUAUUAGUCAGGACGGGAGCUCAGCAUCGUCAUCAACCUCAUCUUCCCCAACGAACUCAAACCAACACCAGAAACGAUUCUUUCAAAGGCCACUAGAGAACGGCUUGGAUGUUGGUGUCUACAAGGCGAUUUUGAUUGGGCAAGUUGGGCAGCAUCCAAUUCAGAAGCGAUUGAGGAGCGGUAGGCCUGUGACACUGUUUUCGCUCGGGACUGGUGGGAUUCGAAACAACCGGAGGCCGUUUGAUAACGAAGAGCCCAGAGAGUAUGCUAAUAGGUGCGCUGUUCAAUGGCAUCGAGUUGCAGUGUACCCAGAGAGAUUGGGAGGGCUUGCCAUGAAGCAAGUCAAACCCGGGUCUAUCUUAUAUGUCGAGGGGAAUUUGGAGACCAAAAUAUUUAGUGAUCCAAUAACAGGUCUCGUUAGGCGUCUUAGAGAGAUUGCAAUUCGUAGAGAUGGUCGUGUUGUAUUUCUCAGUAAAGAUGGAGAUGACAAGGAACCAACACAAAUGGAGGACUUGAGAGGUGUGGGCUACUACUAAAAUGAACGUUGGAAAAUUCUUUGACAUUGAUUCGUCACUAUUGAGGGCUAAGUACCACAAAUGCAAAGACUCUUGCAUUAAGCCAGAUCUCAAAGAGUUUCCAAAAGUAGCUGCACGCAGCAAUCCUUUGUACACAUUAUUUGUUUGAAUACCUUCACAAAAAGACCACAAAAUUCAUUGUGUACUCUUCUGCCUUUUUUGAUGUUCUGCAUCUAUUUCUACUUUGGAGUAAAGAGAAGAGGAGAUGGGAAGAAUCUUUUUUUG